AUGACUUCGAUGAUAUUCGGUGCUCGAAGUUCCCCGUUCCUGGCGCAUAGCGUUAGAAACUUAAACGCUAAGGAACACGCGCAAUUUUAUCCCGUAGCGUUCGACGCGAUCACAUCGAAUCAUUAUAUGGACGAUUGGGUGGACAGCUACGAGAACGAAGCUAAGGCCGUGCAAGCAGUCGCCGAAGUAGUAACGGUGCAAGCGAGGGCAGGAUUCCAGCUAGCGGGCUGGAACUCGAAUAGCGAGCUCGUGUUAGAACACGUACCGGUAGAAGCUAGGGCCCGCGCGGCCAAGGAAUUAGGCGGAAGCAACCCUCACGGAGCGGGGAAAACGUUAGGGCUGUUAUGGGAGGCCUCAAGUGACGAACUUCGCUUCAACACGGCCAUGAAUAGGGUGCCGCGAGAGGUACGAUCGCUGAAAAGAGGACCUACUAAGCGCGAGGCCCUCAGCGCAGUCAUGUCAAUUUUCGACCCUCUAGGCUUACUUAGCUAUUAUACGGUUAGGGCGAAAAUAGUGCUGCAAAACGUAUGGAGGUCCAACGUAGGUUGGGAUGACGUUUUGCCCGAAACGGAGAAUCGCGAAUUUUUAGAUUGGCUACGUGAUAUGGACUCGGUAGCCGACUUACGGUUGGAUCGAAAGUACGGUUUUAACAAGGACACGACGAAUACGCAGUUACACGUGUUCAGCGACGCCAGUGAGUUAGCAUACGCGACGGCCGCGUACUGGCGUAUAACGUAUAGAAGUGGAGAGGUCAAGGUCACCCUCGCCGCGGCGAAGGCCAAGGUGACCCCGAUUCGCGCGCCAAGUAUCCCACGUUUAGAACUACAAGCGAACCUUGUAGGCGCGCGUCUGGCCGAUUCCAUACUACGGGAACACCGCGUACCCAUCGAUAGAGUGAUAUUCUGGUCGGAUUCGAAAACCGCACUUCAUUGGAUAAGGAACGAUAAGCCGCGUUAUACUCCUUACGUAGCGCACAGAUUGAGCGAUAUCUCUGAACUUACCCGUGUCGACCAAUGGAGAUGGGUGCCGACCGCGGAUAACGUAGCGGACGACGCGACGCGAAUAAGUACCGAUAUGAAAACUAGCCGCGAUAGAUGGUUCAUAGGGCCCGCGUUCUUGUACGAAUCGGAAGACAAAUGGCCGAAGGAACGCGAGGAGUUUGUCGCGACUGAGGACGAGGUAGUCGUGUCGUACGCAAACGAGAAGGGCAGUUUCGAUCACUUGCCCGACAUAGGCCGGUUCUCUAGUUACGAAAGGCUCAUUAGGACCACGGCGCGAGUAUUGGCUUUCGUAGAUAUGUGCAGAAGACGCGCGAACCGCGUUGAGUUACGACACGUACAGGAAGCCGAACGUCUGUGGCUAUUGAAAUCACAGCGCGACGAUUUCAACGAGGAAAUCGCAUGCCUUGCGCGUAAGAAACCGUUGCCGCGCAGCAGCAAGCUGUUUAAGUUAGACCCCGUGAUAGGAACGGACGGAAUCGUGCGCGUGAACGGUCGUAUAAAUGCAGCGCAAAUCGAACAGUCGGUCAAGUCGCCCGCGGUUUUGGACGGACGGAACGUGUUCACUCGACUCUGUAUCGACAACAUACAUAGGCGUUCCGGACACGGCGGGCGCGAGCGCGUCGCGAACGACGUAAGACAGACGUACUAUGUGCUAAGAUUACGCUCGACCGUGCGUACGGUGUUACACGGGUGCACCUUCUGUCGUCUCAGAAAAGUUACGCCGUUCGUGCCGGCGUUCGGAGACUUACCCGCUGCGAGACUAGACGCGUAUAGCCCACCGUUUAGCAAUUGCGGAGUAGACUAUUUUGGACCGAUGAUAGUCACGAUAGGUAGGCGCCACGAAAAACGCUGGGGCGCAUUAUUCACUUGUCUAACUACGCGCGCGGUGCAUUUAGAACUCGCCGCGUCAUUGACCACGGAUUCGGCAAUAAUGGCCUUGCGCAGAAUGGCCGCACGACGCGGCUGGCCGCGAGUUAUAUACAGCGAUAACGGGACGAACUUUAGAGGCGCUGAUGCCGAGCUACGGGCAGCAAUGAAAGAAUGGGAGCCCGAGCUCCGCGAAUUUGCGUUAACGCAGCGCGUGGACUGGCGAUAUAUAGACCCCGGCGCGCCGAACCAAGGGGGCGCGUGGGAACGAUUAGUGCGGUCGGUAAAAACUGCGUUAUCAGUCACCUUGCACGAUAGAGCGCCGAAAGAGGAAGUUUUGUUAACCUUGCUUGCGGAAGCAGAAUAUACUAUAAACGCGCGUCCGCUUACUCACGUAUCUGCAGAUCCGGCCGAGCCCGAAGCGCUCACACCAAACCACUUCUUGCUUGGGCAACCGAACGUACUGCCCAUUAUCGGAACGUGUGAGAAUGCAGAUAGACGACAAUGGCGAGCGGCGCAAGCGUUGGCAGAAAGUUUCUGGCGCAGAUGGGUUAGGGAGUAUUUACCGCAACUCAUUCCGCGCGGGUCACCCUCCGAUUCAAGCAGGAAUCUCACCGUCGGAGAUUUAGUCCUCAUAGUAGACUCUACGCUACCACGGAACGUAUGGCCGCGCGGGGAAGUAGUGAAAAUCUACCCGGGCCCCGACGGUACAGUUAGGAGCGUAGAAGUUAGGACACGGGGUGGUGUUUUUAGGCGUCCGGCGCGUAAGUUGGCCGUCCUCCCCAAAUGA